AUGCUCGUGCAGAAGCUUCCCGGUAUGAAGCUGAUCGACUUUUACGAAGGGCUGCAGGAUGGUAAUCCAAAGGGACCCAGUUUGACAUUGGCCGUGGAAAAGACAUCUGCAAUCAGUGGCAAGCUGGCGGGACUAGAGCCUAUCCACGGUGAUUGGAUCGCCGGAUGGGUGGAAGAGUGGCUGAAGGCUGCGAGAACGUUGUGA